UCUUUGCCCCCUGAUCUAUGGUGAAGGGUUCGAAUCCCGUUUGGACCAAAUCUUUUACAGCACAGAACCAGGACGGGCUGCUGGGUCCAAACUUCGUCUUUCUGGUUAAAAUCCCUCAAUCUCUGUCAAACAUUUCCCGCUCUUUGCACCUUCACCGACACGCGACAGCGUUUCUGUGGAAGCCAAUCAGAGAGCGCGCGCGGACACACAUCCACUCCGCCUUCGCGAGCGCGCGCCGCAGAGCUGCUGUUCGUGAGCGCGUGGAAGAAGUUUUAGUGAGGAGGAUCAGAGACGGAGGGUGGUCGUCUGAAAGAGACCCAGUCUUCUGCUGGGACCGGAAGCGGGGGAUCAGAGGAGCUUUGAUGACGACCGUCUGAUGGUCUGACGCCUCAUUCUCGGAUCGGUUCUGGAUUUGGAGUCCUGGAGGAGGAUGCUGGUUCUGGUUCUGCUGUCCCUGACCCAAACCCUGACCCGGAGCCAGCGUCUGGACGACGACAGCUGGGCGGAGCCGUCCGAUGGUCUGUGUCGCUAUGGCAACAGCGUGGAGUGCUGCUGGGGCUGGAGGCAGGCGGACGGGGGCCGAUGUCAACCUCACUGUCAGCACGCCUGCAAACACGGAGACUGCGUGGUUCCCGACAGAUGCCAGUGCCACCCGGGAUUCAGCGGCAAGGCCUGUAACCACGACCUGAACGAGUGCGGCCUGCGCCCGCGGCCCUGCAAGCACCGCUGCAUGAACACGCCGGGCAGCUACAAGUGCUACUGCCUGGACGGGUACGAGCUGCAGCCGGACGGCAGCUGCAGGGUCCGGACGUGUUACCACGCCAACUGCCAGUACGGCUGUGAGGUCACCAAAGGUCAGGUGCGGUGCACGUGUCCGUCUCCGGGGUUACGGCUGGGUCCGGACCGGCGCACCUGUGUGGACAUCGACGAGUGCACGUCUGCUGGCAGUGGCGGUCUGUGUCCUCGCCGCAGGAAGUGCGUGAACACGUUUGGGAGCUUCUUCUGCAAAUGCCACCUGGGCUUCAGGCUCACCUACGUAAACGGACGCUACACCUGCCUGGAUAAAGACCCGCGGCCGUUCUGCUCGCUGAAUCCGUCCUCCCCGAAGUGCAGGUGUAAAGACGGCUGCACAGUCAUCCCCAAAGUGACUGUGGACCCGCCCAGACCCAGAACCACACCCCUCCUCGCCACCACGGCAACGACCGCGGCUCCUGUGACAGUGGCUCCUCCCACUGCCGCAGCUACCACUGUUCCAACCAUAGCAUCCACAGUUACCACGGUAACCACUGCCAUGGAAACAACCAGCCUACUUCUGACUGAUGCUUCAACCACUACAGCUUCAACAACAACCACUGUUCCAACGACAACAACAACUGUUCCAACAACAACAACUGUUCCAACAACAACUGUUCCAACGACAACUCUUCCAACAACAACUGUUCCAACAACCACCAUUCCAAGAACAACAACAACUGUUCCAACGACGACGACAACAACAACCACCAUUGUCCCAACAACUGUUCCAAUGACAACAACUGUACCAACCACAACAGAAAUGGAUACAACUACUCAUACCACCACCACAAGUACUACUACUAUAACCACAACUUCUACUACUACAACGGCUAGUACCAUGCCUGUUGUUACCACGGUAUCUACAGUUGCCUUAACAACCACGAUGCUGCCAACCACCUCCCUGAAAACAACAACAAUAAGCAACAAGAUCAACAAGGAAGUGACACAAAGACAGAGGGGAGACGUGCACAUUCCUCGACAGCCCGGUAACAACGAUGAUUGGGAGUUUGACAUCGAGCUGGGAAACACAGCGGAGGACGCCCGUGAUGACCCCGAGGCGGGGGGGCUGCACUGCACCUUCGACCGCGGCGUUUGUUCCUGGAUGUCGGACCGUGAUGGAGAUCUUCCCUGGGAGACGGAGCUGAGUCCUGCAGGUCAACACUAUCUGUCCGUCCCUGAGUUGAAGGCGGGACAAAGGAGCAUCCGAGGAGCUCGGUUGGCCCUCCAGGUGCCCCCCUCCUGGAGCCAUGGCGACCUGUGCUUCUCCUUCUCUCAUUGGCUGACGGGGCAUCAUGUGGGCGUUCUGCAGCUGUUCAUUAAGAAGAAGGGUCGCAAUGAAAGGUAUGGCCCCGCCCUCUGGAGCCGGACAGGAGGACAUGGCUGGAGACGCACGCAGGUCACCUUGACAACACGAUCUGUGGACAGAGUCUUGAUGAAGGCCGAGCGAAGGAACGGACGCCGGGGACAAAUGGCGGUGGAUGACGUCACACUGCGACAGGGGGCGUGUCGAUGACAUCAUCGUUAGGACCCACAGAGGCUUUUGGGUCAUGUGACUGAAGGACUGCUCUGCUGUUGGAGCUGCAAGCCGCAGACUCCGCCCCUGAUGGAUGGAUGACUAGUUACCCGCCUGACCGGGUCAUCCAGUCACGCGGUGAAGCUGCAGGGCAGAAAACAAACAUUUACCCCGGACUGAAGCCCCGUCACUCUGGAUAACAGCGAGUCUCCCGUUAACCUGGUAACCUCUGACCUUCAGUGUCUGGCUCCGCCCCCUGAGUUGGUCCAGAUACACGAAUGAAGCCCCUCCCAGUUUAGGCUUCACUUGCUGCUUUUUAACCACAUUUGCACAGAAAGUCGUCACUGCAUUAAAUACGGAACCGUUUGAUGUUUUUCGGACUUUGAUCCGGCGUCUGUGUGUUCUGUCCAUGAUCGGGUCAGUGAGGGAGGGGUGGUUCUAAGCCCCGCCCUCAGUUUCAUUAGCCUGAAGGAGAGUGAAGGAACACCUGAUGGUUUUGCUUGUUGGUGUUCUCAGCAUUAGAAGCUUUAAAAGGUGAUUUUGUUGUAGCUGUAGCUGAUGUAGCAUGCCGCCGCCGCCGCCAUGUCAUCCUGAAAUGAACGGCAGAGUUCUGACGUCGUUGAGCUGUUCUAUGCAGCUAAGAUUCACUCACCGGAUUUAUUCAUGACAAACGGCAGUUUAUGAAAGACACAGACCGUGACACGGAGCUCACUGGUACCAAACCUGGUACCUGUACCCCAACCCAGCACCACGAGCAGUAAAAGACUUGGUACCGGUCACUUAACAUUGUACCAGUACCCUAACCCGGUGCCAGACCCGGUACCAGAGGCAGCACCAGUACCCUAACCUUCACCCAGCACCAUUUCCAUAUUCAUAUAACACGUCACAUCAUCUGCGUAGACUCAAAUGUCGUCUGUCUGC